GCCAGCCAAUGAGGAGGCUCUCGUGGAAUCAGAUAUCGCGAGGUUUAGGGAAUUUUUUUAGCCCCCUCGUUGUGCCUUGCGUUAUACAGACUAGCGAACAAUACAGUUACACACUAGAGAUGGCCAAAGGUGACCCAAAGAAACCAAAAGGCAAAAUGUCUGCUUAUGCCUUCUUUGUACAAACAUGCCGUGAGGAACAUAAGAAAAAAAAUCCUGAAGUUCCUGUCAAUUUUGCAGAAUUUUCAAAGAAGUGUUCAGAAAGAUGGAAGAAUAUGUCUGGGAAGGAAAAAUCCAAGUUUGAUGAAAUGGCAAAGGCUGAUAAGUUGCGGUAUGACAGGGAGAUGAAGGAUUAUGGACCCGCUAAAGGAGGGAAAAAAAAAAAGGAUCCUAAUGCUCCCAAACGGCCCCCGUCUGGCUUCUUUCUAUUCUGUUCAGAAUUUCGCCCCAAGAUAAAAUCUACAAACCCUGGGAUAUCCAUUGGGGAUGUAGCAAAAAAGCUUGGUGAGAUGUGGAAUAAUCUAAGUGAUAGUGAAAAACAGCCAUACAACAAUAAGGCAGCAAAACUGAAGGAAAAAUACGAAAAGGAUGUGGCUGAUUAUAAAUCCAAAGGAAAGUUUGAUAGUGCAAAGGGAACAGCUAAAGCUUCCAGGAAAAAGGUAGAGGAGGAAGACGAGGAAGAAGAAGAGGAAGAUGAGGAAGAUGAGGAAGAUGACGAUGAAUAAAACUAUAUAUUUGUCUUAAAUCAUAGAGUUAGGGAAACACUAAAGCGUCUUUAUUGAUACGGUGUCUACUGCAUUUGUAGCAUUUAACUUUUAAAACUGACAUUUUACCUGGCUUAUGUGUCAUGGAUAUAGGUGUUAUGAGCACCUUGAAACUGUAUCAAAGUUGUACAUAUUUCCAAACAUUUUAAAAAGGAAAUUUAGUGUUUUCCUCUCUCUGUGCACUUUGCCGUUGCUAUAACAAAGCAUUUUUAAAAGUUACAGGCUUUUGUGUGUGAUAAUUAUGAUUACUGGUUAGAAAUCCCAAGUUGUAAACUUACACUCUCUCUUUAUAUCUAGAGGGGAGGGGGUAUGUACAUAUCUCCACAUACCCAUAUAAACAUGUAUCCACGUUUAAGUAUACACACACACACACACACACACAUAUUGUGUGUGUUUGUAUUUAUAUGUACUAGACAAAUUCUCAUAAAUAUUUGGAAUUAUGACACCUUAGAAAGGAAAAAUUUUGAUCUUUCAUUAGGUGCCAUGGCCCAAAGCAUGCACUGUUAGAGUAGCUUUAUACAACUGUCCAUCUAGUUUAAAGUUGUCAUUCUGUAUAUAGUGAAAUAGCAGUCUGCUCCCAUUCUUAGAUGUGGCAAGGGGGUAGGGUUUCAACUGGCAUGAAAAGUGGUUUUUUGGUUGUGGUUGUUAAAUACUGUCUUUUUAAAUGGAAACUUAAAAAAAAAACUAAAGGGACAAUGCAGCAAUGGAAGUUAAAACAUUCUGUACCUAAUACUUUGGAACAUUUUGUUGAUUUUUUUUUGUAUGUUUAGAAUGCUAAAAUGUUUUCCAAACUAAAUAAACAGUAUUAACAUUUUUAAAUUGUUUCUUAUAAGCUUGAGAUUUAAUGGCAAAUUUUUUAAAUUACAUAAAAGUCAUGUUCUUAUUGUAGGAUUUUUAGCAGACCAGGAAGAUAUUUGGGGGAACUACUGAUUCAAAAUUAAAUUUGUCAUGAAAAAUAUUACAAAUAAUGCUCUAGUGAUAAGGUUUCCCUAAUUUCAAAUCAUUAACACUAAAUUAACAUUGGUUUAUAUUUAGUUUGAUAGGUUUUAGUCAUUUUAUGUAUGUAUUAGCACUGGGCUAAUGUACAAAAUUAAAAUUUAUUAGUUUCAAUAAAAAACCAAAAUGAUGAUACAUUAGAAAGUAUUGAUAGGAAAUGAAUUUAAACCUGAUCUCUUAAAGAACAUGUGCGGGGGCAGCUAGGUGGUACAGUGGAUAAAGCACUGGCCAUGGAUUCGGGAGGACCUGAGUUUAAAUGUGGCGUUAGACACUUGACACUUAAUAGCUAUGUGAUCUUGGGCAAGUCAUUUAACCUUCAUUGCCCCAGGGGGAAGGAAUAUGUCAAAAUGUGUUAAAUAGUCAAAUAGAAUGGAUGGUCUAAAUCUGUUGGUUAAUUUCAACUUUCUUUAAUAUAUGGUACAUUAUUUUAGACAGUUUAACAUUUUAUCUUUUGUUCAGGAUCUUAGUGAAAAGCACCAUACAUUUGCUUAAUUGUGCUAAUACUGUGUGAGUAGCUUCUCUGAUAUGACCUCUACUUAGUAGGAUAGGAACCUAAGUUCUGAAUUCAUAGGAAACUGAAUCAUGUGGUAAAAUUACAUACUGAAAAUCUGCUGAACUAAAAUGUUAAAAGGUAAGAUAAGUUUGAUUAGCCUAUUUCAAACAGCUUAUUUAAGCUUUAAAACAACUUAUUUGAAACGAAACAUUAAAGUUUAUUUUUAAAACUGGGAAGCUAAUAUUAUUCAGCAUCUCAUUAUAGUAAUUAUUUUUUCAUUGAUUAAAAAACUUUAAAAUCCUCAAGUCAAGAUUGAUUUAUUUGAAAACUGUCAAAUUUCAACAUCAGGAUUCCAAAAUCAGUGAUAACCUCAAGGAAUAGUUUUUUUGUACUAAAUAAAUCAUACUGAAUUAGAAUGUUUUACACCUACUACUGUUAUAGUGCCUACUUUGUACUACUACUGGACAAAAGCAGGCUCAGCUUGGCACUUGGCAAAUGAGCUCUUCCUGAUUUGUUACCCACUUAACUACCCUAUGGCUUAUCUACUGAAUACCUAAGUAAGUAUGUGUAAGUAGUUUUAAUCUUAAAAAUCUAAAAUGUUCCCAUAAAAUAUAUUAAAAAUUCUCAAUUUGUGGAGAUAAGCAAUCAUAAAUGAAGUUUUAUAUCUUGGGGUUUUGUGUGUUUGGCAAAGUGACUUGCCCAAGAUCACACAACUAGUGAGUGUCAAGUGUCUGAGACCACAUUUGAACUCAGGUCCUGCUGAAUCCAGGGGGGGGGGGUGCUUUAUCCACUGCACCACCUGGCUGCCCCCUGAAAAUUUAUAUCUCAAAAAGUAUCCACCCUCCCAUUCCCAAACUACAAAACAUUUUUGCUGUGUCUGCAUUAUAUCUUGAUUUCCUUAGAAUGGAGCAACUUGAACUUAGGUCUUCCUGACUUGGGGUUAGUUUUUAUUUCAUGAAGCUAUUACAUUUGAAUAUAACAAACUGACAUCAGUUUAAUUGUGAAAUUUCACUGCAUUCAAAUACAGAGGAACAUGAAUUUCUCUGCACAUUCUUAUAUAAACAUAAUUAUGAGCUGUAUUAAUAUUUAAUAUACAUAGAUAAGGAGGUAAUUGAAUCCAUAUAAAUUGACUUUUAAGGUAAUCAGAAUAGUGAAUUUUCUGAUAUUAAUCCAUAAAUCAGAUGGUUAUGAUAUAUUCAAAAGUUCUAAUACAUAAUGAGGAAAAAAUUAUAUCUUUUAGAUAUACUUUUAGUUAAUACCCCAAUUACUUUGAAAAGCAGACACUGACAUUUCUUUGAAUUCUACAUGUAAAUUACUUCUGAAAAUCUUUUUACUUUGUAAAUUUUCUUCAAACAUUAAAACUAGCUUAUUUUUUUAGGAUAGCAGAAAAUCAAUGUUUUUAUCUUUCAGUUUGAACUACAUUUUUAUUUUUUAAAGACUGCUAAGUGUUAUUUAUCCAUUAUUUAUGACAGAUAUGUCAGUUGCUAAGUGUGAAAAAGUGAACACUGAAUGUCUCUGCAGGCUUGUUAAACAGACAUAAAAACUUUUGCAUAUAAUAUAUACCAUUUACUGGUUUAUUAUCUUUCACUUUUAUACUUUUUCUCAAAGGUUUCACUGCACUUUCCUUUUACAAGAGUCAUCUUUGACAGACAUCACUAUGUCAUAAUAUGUCCUUAAUAAUUGCCCAAAUCUUAAAACCUAUCGAAAAAUCUUUUCCAGGAAUUUCAUCUAAUUUUUUUUUGUUCUGUAAUACUGUUUGACUCAACAAUUGGAUCUUUGUGGUUUUCAGUGAGAAUAUUAAAAAAUUUUAGAGUUGGAGGAUGGUUGGUUCUUUCUGAAGUGUAGCCACUAAAAAUGAGAUAUUUGAGAAGGAUGACACCGAAAUGGUAUUACUGUUGAAUCUGCAUGUGAAAUAAUAUAAAU